AACACACGAGAGAAGCAAAAAAGACGCAGUGAAGAAGCGAUUUUUCGUUACGCCUUUCGUUCACCCGCUGGAGAAGAAAUCUAAGAAAAUCUAGUUGCUGUUUUACUAAUUUAUUGAAAAAUUGAGUAACAAAAUGUCGACAGAAGUUACUGUUCCACCACCCGCACUUUGGGCCCAGCGAAAUGAUGUCCUGUAUUUGACGUUGAACGUGGAAUGUCCGGAUCCUACUUUUAAAUUUACAGAAGAUACGAUGUAUUUCAAAGGUGUUGGCUUACCGGAGAAGAAAAACUACGAAGUAACCAUCAACUUUUAUGGCAAAAUCAAUCCGGAUAAAGUUGUCAGUAAAAACACCAGCCGCUGUAUCGAGUUUGUGAUCACUAAAGCCGACAUGAAGGCAUCCUACUGGCCAAAAUUGACGAACGAUAAGAACAAACCACAUUGGUUAAAAGUGGACUUCAACCGGUGGAAGGAUGAGGGUUCGGAUGACGAAAUGAACGAGGGUGACAACCAGAUGGCGCUGGAAGAUAUGCUCCGAAUGAAGAGCGAUAGCAAACUGUCCUUCGAUGAUCUCGAUGACGAUCAGGAGGAUUCAGACGACGAAGCGAUGCCUGGUUUGACCGAAGACAAGGACGAGAAGGAAGAGGAAGAGAAAAAGUAAUGGGGAAAUCCGUAUUGAAAGCUUCCCUUUUGGUGUGAGCCUCUGUUCAUAAAGCUCGAGACAGUUCGAUAAGAAAAGGCCAAGCAGUCAGAAAUAACCAUUGAAGUGUGUAAUUUUAUUUAAGACAUAAGGAGGGAUAGUAAUAAAAAAACAGAAAAUAGCCCGUAAGAAAUGUUUGAAGGCGUUGUUUCGUACAGCAUUUGAAAUUCAUGAUGAGGGUAAGACAUUUCAAACUAAGUCUCUGAGAAAAAAAAACAACCGAGACAGUAGAAACGAGAGGUUCGUUUCGAAUCCUACACUUAUUUGUUCUCUCAUUUGCAUUGGUUUAAUUUUCUGUUUUACUUGAAAUAAGAAAAUAAACAUACAU